CGGUGACACCGCGUCACGCCUCUCCGGCUGCAGCCCGGAUGGAGGCGGCUCAGUCCCGCACCGCUCGACCGCCGCACACGCUCGGCCCGCCUGGAUGAAAUGGAAAUAUAUUCUCCACCGAGAUAAAAACCGCCCGAGUGCGUUUUUUUUUGUUGUUGUUGUUGUUUCGUUUUGAGCAUCCCGGGCGGAAAUCUCGCCGUUCUUGGCUCAUGGCGUCCGGCUCCGGGGACGACGAGGCGAAGGCGCGGGGCGGCUCGUGGAGACUCGUAGGCCCGGCGGCGCGGCUCUCCGCGACGCGCUGCCGCCUCGUGUACUGCUCGCUCGGCCGCGACGCGGACGUCUGCCUCUUCCACGUGAGGGGCGAGUUCUUCGCCAUGGACGCUCGCUGCGCACAUUCCGGUGGUCCUCUCUGUGAGGGGGACAUCGAGGAGGCUGACGGAGUCCUGCAGGUCUUCUGUCCCUGGCACGACUACGACUUUGACCUGAGGACGGGGAAGUCAGGGACGUCCUUACAGCAACAAGUGUACGAAGUCAAGCUGGAGGACGGCAACGUGUUCGUGAAACACGCCGGCCGGCUCUCCCUGGAGCCGCUCCCCGCGGAGCAGAAGGAGAGUUGAAGAACUUCGGCGGAAACCGAGACAAUCCCGAACAUUCCUCAGCCUCACCUGCCGCUUUCCGCGGAGCUCAGGAUGACGGCGAAGAGGAUUGGUCUGAAGAAAAAAGAAUAAAUUGAGUUUUUCUUGCUGCUUCUUCGACACAGAGAGCAACCGGGCAGGCGAAAGAAAAUGCAGCACGAAAACAAGAAAUAUUCCUCUUCUCAGAAAAUGUAAUAGAACUCACCAGCAUACUGUAUUUUAUUAUUGCCACUUGAUCAUUUUAGAUUUUAAAUUAUUCCUAGAAAUAAUAUUAUUACUGAUUUUAUUUAUUUUCCUGUCUAGUUGUGUUGUGUUGCAAAACAUCUGUUUUGGGCGGAGAGAAAAUCCUUCCAAAUCUUUCAUUUAAAGCUACUGCAGGGAACUUUUAUUUUGUGCUGAUUCUGGCGCCCCCUGUGGACGAGGGAGGGAUUGUUUCUGAGUUUUCACCACAGUAGCGUCUGAAUCGUGGUUCCGGUUCUCCUACUUGUAUGAGUCAUGUAGAGGUAUUAGUAUUAAAUUAGCUCCUCUUACAGUGGCUUUGAAUACAACAUGACAUACAAAUGACCUGUAAUGUAAUAUGUAAACUUUAGGAAUCAUUACAAUUUAUGCAAAGACACUGAUUUGUAACUGCAGUUGAAUUGACUUUCAAUAUUUUGCCAGUAACAUGUAGACGUUGAAAUCCAAGCUGACCUGUCAGAUAUCCAUUGGCUCGAUCGCGUAACAGCAGAAAUAUUAAUGACAGAUUCUUUCAGCGUGAUGUCUAACUCGACUUAUCGGCCUCACGGCCGUUACCGCCACUAGCCCCUCUUCAAUGUCUUCAACAGGCCGCCCCCGAGGCCUCAAACUCUCACGCCCACUCGCUGAAUCGUGGCUCUUUGAAUACAUUUAGACACAUUCCAGUGAGCAGAAAACUUUCCUAACAGAAUGUCCUCUUCUGAAGAGGUUUAAAAAAAUAGAAAAUACAAACCCACAUAAGCGUUGCAGCGUUUAGAGGAGUCGAGACGUCUCCAUCAGCGUUUCCCCUUCUGACGGGUUCCUCCAUUAUUGACGCAAUGGGACUUAAAAGAAACGGCCACGAAGGCGCCGGAGGGAGGUUCACGACCUGAAAGGCACCAUUGACUGGAGAAAAAUAACUUUUUCUAGCUGUGUGUGUGUGUGUGUGUGUGUGUGUUUUUCGCUAUGGGAGGGCACUCGCUCACUAUAUUUUCUGGCAGAGGCCCGGCGCCCGGUCACGAACGUGUGAGUGACGGUGUGGCUCAGCUCUCACAUUUUCCUCCCUGCUGUGCAACUUGAUUACACUAACCAUUCCACUGGCGAAAAAUUGCCCAGAUGUAUUUUUUGUCAAGCUCAGCCCCCCGCGGUGUGAUGGCCGCACACAACGGGGAUGCAGCUAUUUCGCGUCGGGAGGAAAGUAAAAGUAAACGUUGAUCGGGAUGCGGUUCUGACAUUCUUCACUCUGAGAAACGAUCGGCAAACGUGAUAGCGCGCCGCCAUGUUUCCUUAACACUUAAAAGCAUUUAACUUAUCGUUUAUAUGAAUUAUUGAUCUGCACUUUAUGUUAAUUUCAAUCACUUGUUCUGUUAACAGCCGCUUUAUUUGCUGUAAACUAUACAUAUGUUGUUAUGACUCAUGCAAAGUGUAUCUGUAUUGUUUGAUUCAAAUUAAAUUAUUAUAUCUUAGCAAAGCUGCAAUGAAUUUAAA